GGACAGGAAUCCACCUUAUAGCGGAUGGCGCUCACCGUGCAGAGCUGUGCGCGUGCUCCUGCCAUGCAGGCAGCUUGAUGCGAAGAUAAGAAAAACCGGAUCCGGUUUCCGCGAAGAGCGCAAGUAUCCGCUGGAACGGACUUUCCCAACGCGGCAGCGCGGAGGGAUAAACGAGCCACGGACACGAGCGAAGCGCGUUUGUUCCCUGCGUGUGUCCGCGGCUGGACGGGCAGCAGGCUGACACGACUAUUUGUCGCACGUCAGCUGAUCGGCGCUGCUCUUUCUGAAGGCCGAAGCCUGGGAUUUGGGAAAAUACGCACACGCGCUUCCUCCUUCCACCUUCGCAGGAUCGGCGGCUGGCCUGACAUCAUUGGCUGGCAGUUAGGAAUGAAUCAUCGCCUUCCCCGGGGGGGUUCGGGGAUGCUGUCGCUGUCAUAGCACCCAUAAAAUCCCUCGGACACGCAGACCCACCCUCUGCGCUCUGCUGUUUUAAAGCCGUCUCGUCUUUGAAAUCAGCAUGGAGGAAAUCUUGAGGAAGCUGCAGAAAGACGCGUCCGGCCACAAAUACAAAGGCAUCCGCGAUGCCUGCGUCUACGCCUGCGAAAUGCUUCAGUCUCAGAAUGGAUCAGCAAAGAUUUCCCCUUCACAGCUUCGAGAGCGCUGUCUGCUGCCUCUACAGAUGGCUCUGGAGUCAAAAAACACCAAACUGGGACAGACUGCACUUACUGGCAUGCAGAAACUCCUGUGUGAGGACAGGUUUGUGGGUGGAGCUAGUGUGGAGGUGGAGGCACUGGAGAAACAGCUGCUCAGCCAGAUGUUGGAGGCUAUCAGAGUUACCCCAUCUCUCCAUGAAGACUUGCAGGUGGAAGUUAUGAAAGUCCUGCUCUGUAUCACCUACUCACCAAACUUUGACAUUAAUGGAGACUCCAUCCUCCGGAUUGCUGAGGUGUGCAUCGAGACCUACAUGUCCAGCUGUCACCAGCGCAGCAUCAACACGGCGGUGAGAGCCACGCUGAGCCAGAUAUUGGGAGACCUGACGCUACAGCUCCGCCACAGACAGGAGGGUGCAGAUGGAGACGAGGUGACUGCACCGCCGCUGCAGAGACGAGAUAUUUCUCCCACCAGCCAAGCUCUGUGUGAAGAUGUGGUCACGGUUCUGACCGUUUUCUGUGAAAAGCUGGAGUCAGUGGACAGUGAUAACCAGCUCCUGCAGCUACUCUACCUGGAGUGCAUCCUUUCUAUGCUCAGCAGCUGCCCUCCCACAAUGCACCUCUUCAGAGGUUUCACAGACCUCGUGUGGAAGCAGCUGUGCCCAUCCCUGGUGGCAAUCAUGGGCAAUCCCGUCAAUGACAAAACUAUUGCUUCCCACCACGGCUACUCAGCAGCAUCAGACCGAGACCGCCUCUCAGAGAGACUCAGUUUAGGAAUGGGCCAGGAGGUGGACUCCUCCUGCGGAGGACUGUCCGAUCAGGGCAGAGGUUCUGGCUGCUCCUCUAGCGCCCCUGCCAGGAUUGCACCGGUAGUGCGCACAGUUUGCUACAUUGCAGCAGAGCUGGUGCGUCUGGUGAGCUGCGUCGAGUCGAUGAAACCGGUGCUCCAGUCGCUCUACCACAGGAUCCUCCUCUACCCUCCUCCUCAGCACCGCACCGAGGCCAUCCGCAUCAUGAAGGAGAUUCUGGGCAGCCCCCAGCGGCUGUAUGACCUCGCCGGUCCCUGCAUGGCUGAGCCUGAGACCAGGAAGCGAUCAUUCUCAAAGAGGAAGUCCCACCUGGACCUGCUCAGACUAGUGAUGGAUGGGAUGACAGAGGCUUGUAUGAAAGGAGGCAUCGAGGCGUGUUACUCCUCCGUGUCUUGUGCCUGUGCCCUUCUCAGCGCACUGGAUGAGCUGUCACAGGGCCGUGGCAUCCAGCCUGAGCAGGCUCGGCUUCUCCUCAGACGACUGGACGAUCUGAAAGAUGGAACCGAGUCGACACGUGAGUCCAUGGAGAUCAACGAGGCUGACUUCAGGUGGCAGAGACACAUCCUGUCCUCAGAGCAGCCUCCGUGGGACCCCAGCUCGUCUUCCUCCAAUGUGGCCACCACUGGCACCACUGAGCGUAGCCCCGACAUCAGCAUCAGCAUCACCACGGAAACGGGCCAAACCACCCUGGAUUUAGAGGUGGGAGAGCUCGGCCUCGCUGUGGGCCACACCAGUCCGGAGGAGUGUGGAGAGGACGCUCGUCUCCCUUCGCCUUCUUUCUGUGGUGAUCAGGAGGAAACCAAACACGAGCCGAUCCCCGUGCCCAACCAGGGAGGCCAGAAGGAGGAAGGAGGGGUGCCCACAGGGGACGUGGAGGGAAGAGGAGAGAAAGAAAGAGGUGGAGGCGGAGAGAGAGGAGGUGCAGUUCCUCCAGAUGUGGUGCAAAGGAGUCACGCCCUCGUCUACCCCGACAUCACGAACUUCCUGUCUGUGGAAUCCAGGUCUCGGUCGCACCACGGAGGAGGGUCACGAUACAGCGAGAGCAACUUCAGCAUGGAGGAGCAGGACCUGUCACGGACAGAGUUUGACUCGUGCGAUCAGUACUCCAUGGCUGCCGAGAAAGACUCGGGGCGCUCUGACGUCUCCGACAUCGGGUCCGACAACGUGUCGCUGGCCGACGAGGACCAGCAGUUGUCCCGCGACUUCCCAGGUCACCGCUCCCUGCGCACUGCCGCCCUGUCCCUCAAACUGCUCCGCAACCAAGAGGCUGACCAGCAAAGCGCCAGACUGUUCGUGCAGUCUCUGGCUGGACAGCUGCCCCGCCUGCUGGGGAUGUCCACUGCCACGGAGGUGGACAUGUCGCUGCAGAACUUCUCUUCCACCUUCUGCUCUGGACUGCAGGCUGGCGGCAUUCACUCCCCAGGUUUUGAGACAGGCGACACUCUGAGCUGCCAGUCUCUGAUGAACGCAGACGGCCUUUACCUGGUGUCUUACUACGCUCUGCUGCUCAAUCUCAAACUCUGCUGCUGCGGCUACUACAAGCGGCGAACGCUCACGCCCGUCCUCAGCCUGAAGGAGUUUGUGCGUCUGAUCCAGAGCAGCGGCGUCCUCGUGGUUCUGUCUCAGGCCUGGAUCGAGGAGCUUUACCACCAGGUGUUGGAGCGCAACCUGCUGGCUGAGUCUGGGUUCUCGGGUUCUUCAGAGGACCACACACUGCCGCUUAUCACCAUGCUGACAGACAUUGACGGCUUGGGCAGCAGUGCAAUCGGAGGUCAGCUGAUCAGGAGAGCGUCGAGCCACGCGCCGCUCGGCUGUGAAAAGCCGUGCAGUGACGCUGUGAUGGCAGGAGCUGUGUUCUCACGCUUCAUCCUCACCGGUGUUUGGAAAAACCUGAUCGAUGUUCUGUCCACACCGCUGACUGGUCGCAUGGCGGGCAGCUCCAAGGGCCUGGCCUUCAUCCUGGGGGCAGAGGGGGUCAAAGAGCAGAGCCAGAGGGAGAGAGACACCAUCUGCCUGAGUUUAGACGGCCUGCGUAAAGCUGCUGCGCUCAGCUGCGCCCUGGGUGUGGCUGCCAACUGUGCUUCAGCUUUAGCCCAGAUGGCUGCAGCCUCCUGUGUGCAGGAAGAGAAGGAGGAGAAGGAGGUGGGGGAGACGGGAGACGCUAUCGCGCAAGUGAAACAGCGUGUUGAGCAGCGUCUGGAGCAGAUCGGCCGUCCUCAGGGAGUUCGCCUCCACACAGCUCAUGUGUUGUGCAUGGACGCCAUCCUGAACGUUGGCCUGGAGAUGGGCAGCCACAACCAUGACUGCUGGCCUCAUGUGUUCAGGGUGACCGAGUACAUCAGCUCACUGGAGCACACCCACUUCAGUGACGGCUCUGCCCAGCCGUCCUCUCUGACCACAAUCACCCAGCAGAGCCAGCAAAUGGCUGGCAUCGACCUCGGGCUGGAGUUGAGCUGCGAACCCAGCCCCGAGGCCUCGGACCUGAGCCUGAGCCAGCCGGUCAUCCAGCCGCUUUCCAUCCAGGAGCUGCUGAAGGAGAGCGGCAGAGGGGGCCGAGGCCUGGACCUGAAGAGCGGCAGCCUGAUGACCGGCACCAGCGCCGCCAAGGCCGUGUGCACGCUGUCAACACAGGCCGACAGGUUAUUUGAAGAAGGGGCCACCAAACUAAACCUGGUUGGUCUGGUUGGUUUCCUGCAGCAGCUCAGAAAAGCUUCUCAGUCUCAGCUGUUUGACUCUCCCACCGAGACUGGAGACUAUUCACUGGCAAUGCCAGGAGAAGCCAAGUCAACGUUGGACCGGCGCAGCGCCCUCCAUCUCUUUCGUCUGGGUGAGGCCAUGCUGCGAAUCGUCCGGAAUAAGAACCGACCCCUUCUCCACAUGAUGAGGGCCUGGAGCGUGGUGGCGCCUCAUCUGGUGGAGGCUGCGUGUCACAAAGAGCGCCACGUAUCCCAGAAGGCCGUUUCCUUUAUCCACGAUGUUCUCACAGAGGUGCUGACGAGCUGGGCGGAGCUUCCACACUUCCACUUUAACGAGGCACUGUUCAGGCCUUUCGAGCACAUCAUGCAGCUGGAGCUCUGCGACGAGGACGUUCAGGACCAGGUAAUAACAUCGAUUGGAGAGCUGGUGGAGAUGUGCUCUCCUCAGAUCCUGUCAGGGUGGAGGCCUCUGUUCAGCGCCCUCAGGACGGUGCACGGUAGCAAGACUGACACCAAAGACUACCUGCUGGGAGAAUACUCCAUGGGGAAGUCUCAGGCGCCGGUGUUCGACGUCUUUGAGGCGUUCAUAAACACCGACAACAUCCAAGUUUUUGCCAACGCUGCCACAGACUACAUCAUGUGUCUCAUGAAGUUUGUCAAAGGAUUAGGAGAGGUGGACUACAAAGAGAUUGGCGACUGCGUUCACGCGUCAGGUUACAGCUCCACAGACCUCUGCCUGCCUGCUCUCGACUACCUCCGCAAAUGCUCGCAGCUGCUGGCAAAGAUUUACAAGAUGCCGUCUAAGCCGGUGUUCCUGGGUGCGCGGCUCGCCAGCCUGCCGAUGAGAUCGCAGGAACGCUCGAUCAGCAGCGAGGACGGCAUGGACUGUGUCCUCCAGGAGUUCGAUGACGACACAGGUCUGAUCCAGGUGUGGAUUUUGUUACUGGAGCAGCUCACUGCAGCCGUGUCAAACUGCCCUCGACAGCACCAGCCUCCAACGCUGGAGCUGCUCUUCACUUUGCUCAGAGAAGUCACCGCAGUGCCAGGUCCAGGGUUUGGCAUCUUCGCUGUCAUCCAGCUGCUGCUUCCUGUGAUGUCACUGUGGCUGCAGCGUAGCCACGGUGACCACUCUUAUUGGGAUGUGGCGGCAGCGAAUUUCAAACACGCAAUCGGCCUAUCCUGCGAGCUGGUGGUGGAGCACGUCAACAGUUUCAUACACUCAGAUAUUGGUUACGAGUCACUGAUCAACCAGAUGCUGAAGGACCUCUUCAAGCUGCUGGUGGCUUGCGUGUCUGAACCUGCAGAGACCAUCUCCAGAGUGGGCUGUUCCUGCAUCAGGUACGUGUUGGUCACAGUGGGUCCAGUGUUCACAGAAGAAAUGUGGAGGUUGGCCUGCUGCGCUCUGCAGGACGCGUUCUCUGCCACGUUAGAGCCGGUCAAGAACCUUCUGGCGUGUUUUCACAGCGGCUCGGACAGCUUUUCUGGAGAUGCCUGCGAGGUGAAGGUGGCGGCUCCUUCUCAUUCACCGUCAGCCGAGGCCGAGUACUGGAGGAUCAAAGCUAUGGCCCAGCAGGUCUUUAUGUUGGACACUCAGUGCUCCCCUAAGACACCCAACAACAAGGAAGGCUUUGAGCACGCUCAGUCUUGCGUCCUCAUCAUCGAGCUGCCGUCUGACCAGCAGUCCAAUGGACACGCUCAGAAGAGGAAAAUUGGGAUCCCAUUCAGGACCAUCGUGGUGAGCCUGCUGUCCCACCAGGUUCUGCUCCAAAACCUCUCUGACAUCCUGCUGGAAGAGUUUGUAAAGCAGCCUGAAGGUCACGAAAGGGUCACACCUGUGACCUCUGACCCCAGUAAACCCACAGCAGGCUUCCUGCGCUACAUCUCUAUGACGAAUUUAGCCAUAAUUCUGGAUCUGCUGCUGGACUCGUACAGGACGGCGCGGGACUUUGACACUCGGCCGGGUCUGAAGUACCUGCUGAUGAAGGUGUCGGGUGUUUGUGGAGCAGCCAAUCUUUACCGCCAGUCAGCCAUGAGCUUCAGCCUGUACUUCCAGGCCCUGCUGUGUGCCAUACUGAGCCAGGCAGACAGCAUGACUGCACAGCAGGUAAAGAGGAUCCUGUACGAGGAAGAGGAGGGGAGCUCAGACUCCUCUCAUCCUGGUUCCGCCUCCUCGGAGGAUGAAGACAUAUUUGAAGAAACCGCACAGGUCAGCCCCCCUCGCGGCCGGGAUAAGCGUCACCCGUGGCGAGCUCCAGUCCCUUCACUCAGCGUGCAGCCGCUGGGCAGCGCCGACUGGGCCUGGCUGGUCAAGCGGCUCUACAAGCUGUGCGUGGAUCUGUGCAACAGCUACAUUCAGAUGCACCGCGACCUGGAGAGCAUGCUGGAGGAGACUGCUCUGCUGAGGGGAAGUGCAGGAGGAGACCAUGUGUUCUUCCUGCCUCUCUUCCAGUCCGAGACUUCGACCCCGACCUCAGCAGGCGGGCUUUCAGCGAGGGAGACGCCCUCAGAGGAAGGCGGGUACAGGUGUCAGACGACAGACGUGAGCUCAGCGUCACCGGGGGACACACCGACGCCAAGUCCAGGAUUCAGCUGCACAGGCAGUCUGUCCAGUCAGUUCCGGACUGGAUGCGAACGGAGGGACUCCAACAUAACAAGCAGCUCGGCUGGAGGGAUUCCUGGCAGCGCUGGCCCGGGAAGGAGAAAGGAAUGGUGGGAAAGUGCUGGAAACAAGCUAUACACCAUUGCCACAGACAGAACGAUCAGCAAGCUGAUGAUGGAAUAUAAACGCAGGAAACAUCAGCAGCAGCAGCCGCAGCAAAGCCACGUCAACCUGUUCAUGAAAGAGCAGGGCCGGGCGGCGGCAGGAGGAGGCGGCAUCGGGGAGAGGAGGGGCCCAGUAGAGCCGCAGAGGCCCCCGCAGAGGCCUCAGCAGCUGGUGGACCAGCAGGGGCCCUCUCUGAGGCACUCGGUUAGUGCGGGGCCGGAGGUGCUGAGGCAGGAGAAAAGGCCGCGGUCGGGGUCCACCAUCAGCUCCCACAGCAUCUCGCUGAGAGACUCUGAGGCUCAGAUACAGGCCUGGACCAACAUGGUCCUGACCCUCCUGAACCAGGUCCUCCUACUGUCUGACUCCUCAUUCCUGGCGCUCCAGCCGGCGCUCUACCCCUGCCUCAGCCAACUCUCCUGCCACGUGACCGACGCCCGCGUUCGCCAGGCCCUGCGCGAAUGGCUGGGCCGGGUCGGCAGACUCUAUGACAUCAUUCUGUGAUGUCGCAGCGAUGAAAUGCAAAAGCAGCGGCCGGAGGCUGCAAAGUGUCGGUCAGUGAGGGACAUAAACAGAUGAAAUCAGAAAUGCUGCCGUAGAUUUUAGGAGCUGAUGAAUGAUCGAUGGUCCUCGCCAACAUUUUGUUGUCAGGCAGUCAUUAAGUGACAUCAGUAUGAAGGAUUUGUUUCCUGAUGAAGGAUACGGUAUGAGGAAUAAAAAUGUAACAGGCUUCUCUAUAUUAUUUGAAAAGUUUCUCAGUAAAUGUGCCGUCUGUGCUCUUGUUACUCGGUUGAACUGUUUCCUGAACCCUGAACAGUGCAAAGAAACAAACACGGAGCUCUUAAAUGUCAUCUAUGAGUUCUCAGUUUUUGAAGACUGAUUGGCCGAAUCCUAAUUUUGGUCCAGCAUUGUUAUAAAGUCUCAACACGACAAUCACAGAGGCUUUUGAUAAUAUUUCCUCACCCUCGUGCUUCAUUCGUGUCAGUGACUUCCAGGGGUUUUUAACACCCAUGAAGAAGCAGCCAUGUUUACAUUCUUUGCAUUGUUGCAUCUCUUCAUACGCUCGUCUCUAUAACCUCUGUCAUACUCUGUCACCACAUACAACGUUGUAUAGCUCCGUAGCGCCACAGGUGGUCCAAACAGCUCUCCCCGGUGCCCGUUUGGAUGCUUUAAUCCUUUUUACAACCUGCUGCAAAUUUACUUCCAGCUCAUUUUUCACUCCCUUUUCCACAAACCCACAUUGUAUCCAGAUGAGAUUAGAUGAUGAGAGAACUGCCUGCUGGCUCUUUGGGAGGGGGCGUGUAGGGAGCUAGAAGACAAAUGGUAGUGAUGUAUUCAGUGACGCCUGCGCUGUUGCUGCAGCCACUCUUACAGAUGGUCUGGUAAUGUCUGGGCACACAAAUCCCAUCUGAUCACUUGCAAAUAACAGCGCAGUCCUAAAGGUCCUAUUUGAGAAACAAAUCUGAUUUGCCUGCUGUCUGAAUCAAGCCCAUGUCUCAGCUCAGCAGGUUUCUGAAAAUCUCCACAGUGCUGAAGACGCGACCAUAAACAAGCCAGUGAAAUCCUGGAGAUCACAAAGGUUCAGCUUAGAACUUUAUUUUUAUCCUGUUUUCCUUCUCAGAGUUUAGAGCGAGUGCUCAUUGAUCCUGAUCACAUGUGGCUCAGAGGCCUGUUUAAACCUUCUGACAUGAGUAUUAAUUAUUUUAAUCAAAGACGGCGCUCGGUGUGUGUGUUUUGAUGUUUCAUGCCAGCCGCAUGUCCUUUUUCAUAUCAUCUAUUUAUGCAACUAUUUAUUUGAAAUAUUUACUGUGUUGAUAAUAUUUUUUUGCAUAUAUGUGCUUGGAGCCUAUUGGCUGUGACUGAAGGGGAAACCCUGAGUCCUGUAUCCUUAAGCUUUUCCAACAGUGUUGCUAAUAGAGAGCAGGGGGUUGGUGACAAAGCUGCUUAAUGAGAGCAUCGUGUUUAACAUCAUCAGUAACUCAUUUUUAAGUGACCAAAGAAUUCCAAUCGCCAAACGGAGGAUUCACGAUGUCGUUUGUAUGGCGGUGCCUUCACCAUGUAACGUGUCUCAGUGUGGUUAUGUAUGUGCGCCGAUAACUUUCAGGUUAAAAUGAAUGUUUUUGUCCUGCAUCUAAAACGAUACAAGAAAAGUUCAAUAAUAAUCAACACCUGUCCUUUCAGCUCCUUACUGUCUAUGAUAUUUAAAUAACAGUCUUAUCAUUAUUACCCUCUUAUCAUCAGUCCUUUCAAAGAAUAAUGCCACAUCUCUCACCUGGAAACCAACAGAUGGAUGAAAGUUUUGCCAUCAGGUGCGUUUAUAUCACGGAGAAAGAAACGUACUCCGAGCACGGAGUCAGCAAACUGAACGAACGUGCAUUAUCUCACUUUCACUAGUCCAGUUUGCCUCGAUGAGCUGUAACUCUGCUGACCUCCAUUCGUGUGCAUUUCAGGACAGAUUAUGAAUGAAUGAAUGAAGAGAGUGCUGAACUGACGCUAACUUCAGCGGCUCGGCCCGUAUCGAGGACAGGCGGGUGGGGCGGGGAGGGCGGCAGCAUCUGAUGCUCCUAAGAAGAUUUACUCUCCUUUUUUCACCCACUUUGUCUACAGCGGAGACUCUUUCAGUGUUAUUUGCUCUCUCUUCACUUGCUUCCUCACUUUGUCGGUCGCCUCAUUCUCUCCUUUGUGCCAGCUGUCACCUCCCUGGCAGCAAUGCUUCCACUGGAUGCUCCAAAAAAGCAAGCAGUCAGUGCCAAGCUGGGUCCUAAUUUGAUGCUUUAAAGUCAUCAGCUUUUCCUGCUUUAGAAGCCGGAAAAUCUUAAAUCAACAACAGAGUUUUAAAGCUCACCGUCUUUAUUUAAUACAGGCUGGAACCAGUCACUGAGAUCUUAAACGACUGCUGUUUCUGUUGCUUUGCUUUAACAUGUGUUUAAUAUUUAUGUCAUGUGGCUUCAUUAGCUUUUGUUGCCACAGACGAGGCGUCUAAAACUCUAAAACCAAAGUGAUGCCAAAGAAUUCUUGUUGAAGAACUCAUUUUACAUUUUAUUGAGAUGUGAAUUUCUUAACUCCAGGGAGAGAAAAGGGAAUAGCUGCUGGGUGUGGUUGUAUACGUUUUGUCCCUCUUAUGGGACAGCCUGUUAGGCUGGUGAUACUGUAGGAGCCACAACCACACGGGCACGCAUACUCUCAACUUUCUAUUCUUACCCCCAGCUACAGGAACUAUAACCUGUCAUCCCCUGUGAAGGAGAUGUUUGUGCCUGUCAGUCGGCCUCUGCUACAGUGAACUCAUCUCUUUAACAUAGGUGAAGCUCAAAGACUAUAAUCCACCCCAGCACGUGGUGCUGCAUUAUUGUGGACAACUAAUACUACAACCUUUUUACCUUAGACUCAAGUUAUACUCUAACAAACAGCCGAGUCCCAAACAGUUGAUUAUCUUCUUUUGGACAUAGUGCUGCUAGUUUCAGUCAUUAUGCAAAUAUAAGAUUAAGGAAACCUGCAGUCAGCUGAGACUGAAGAAGCCACCUGGAUGAGACGAAAUGUCUCUCCCACCAAAAGACGUCCAGAUGAACAGAAUCAGCUUUUUGGGAUUUACUCACCUGGAUGAUGGAGCGUGCAUCAAGACAACCCCCUGGGUGCUUCAUGGUUGCUUUUUGCCACCCUAUCACACACACACAAAACCUCCGCAGAUGAAAAAUGAAGCCAAUGCUGCAGUUCUUCUUCUGAGUCCUUGCAGACUGUGAUUAAAUGGCCCACUUACAGCAGAUGUUUAAAGCCUGCCACAAAAGACUGUCUUGGUCUCUUGUUUGGUUCCCUCCCUGAGAGCUGCUCUGCAUGGGGUGAAGACUUAAACGUUAUUUGGGGAUAAUUAAGGACUCGACCGCUUUGAUGCUGGUUUCACUUCCAGUAAUUGGGAGUCACUGAGCCAGACCUCUCGCCUGUGCUGUUGGUGUCUUUCAAAGAAUUUCCAGUGGAAAAAAAAAAAAGGAUUUAGCUGUACAGCUUUUAAUCUUAAAAGUCCUGCCAAGAGUCUCCUCCAGUUAAAAAUCUCCCAUCCUCCUUGCCUGUGAGGUGCAGAGUCCACUACAGGUGCACCUUGUUAAUCAAGCACACUAGUGUAUGCACUUCUGCGCUUCUGGCUCCACCUGCACAGAGACUGCUGCCAUGCUUGGUUUGAGGCUUCAGAAUGUGAGUUUGCACGUUUUAAAUGAGGUGGCUAAGUCAAAUUUUUUUACACGUAUUGUUGAUGUGAUUGUGUAUUUAUGGACCUCAGCUCAUCCAUGAGAAACAAGAAAACAUUAAACAAAAUUCAGUUUCAUUCUUUGUCUUUAACCCGAGCCCUGCAUCAGAAUGCAGAAUAUCGACAGCAUCGGUUGGAAGGUCGUGCUCUAAUUCCGGCCUCCUUCUUGUGGGGCUGCUACGUUGCAGCAUUAGCACGUCUCGCCACUCUGUUGUGUCUCAGUUGACUUUGCUGUCCCUCAGCCCCUCCCGGUGUCCCUGACCCGUCCCCAUUUGUCCCUGUUGUUCGAGGGCGAGCAGCAACUGGACAGAUGUUGUGGGCCAUCAGUGUGAUCAGCAAUAGUGAAGGGAAAGGAUUUAGUGGGUGUUAAAGCUGUGACAGUGUUUCCAUCAGCUGAUGUGUCAGCGUCAUGCAACGACACCGCACCAGCAGUUUGUGCUGAUGGCGCCCGUGCUCCUCUAGGUGUUUGCUCUGAUUGGUUCUCUGCUUUCACUUUGCCCACGACAUUAUUUGUAACGCCGAGUCCAGAGAUUAAUCUUUUGUCUGCGUUUUUUACUUUUACAGCCAACGUACAUUUGAAAUGUUGAGCUGAGAUUAAGAGGGCUUGAACCACAGUCGCUGUGGCUGCUGCUCAGUGCAGCUCAUCGCCACAACAAACUUUAUCUGCACUCUAAGCAGAUUUGAUGCUCUUGGGUAAACUCGCUGCUGACAAGAAGCUGCAAAUCCAUCUACGUGUUCCACGAGUCUUUGUUUGAUUCUAAGCUCUUAUUGCUUUCUGAUUCAAGAUACCGACAGCUCCUUCUUCUCUCCAAUUCCUGGGAAUUCAUAAUAUUGUUUCUACUAUUGAUUUACAGUAAAAUCAACACAUUGGUGACUUUAUUGAGGGAUUACUGAUGGAAGAGGCAGUGCCUUACUGCAUUCACUUUCCAGAGAUCAGAUUGAGACAAAAAAAAGAGAAAACAUUGUUUGGAGAACUCAGUAUACGUCUGAGUGAUUUGGCUGACAGUUUAAAGACCGACUCCCUUGUUGGUCUGAGAAAUGUACACAUAUCUAAGGCUUGAGCUUUCAGGGCAUCUGGGUGAUUGACUGAGAGCGUAGGAGUAAAAGCAGCUUUGACUAUUCUGUCAUUUUGUCUGACACGGAUGGAGAAAGUUUCUACGUGACCCAGACAUCUGACACAGUUUCCACAGUGAAAGGUCAUAUGACAGAGGAAGUCAUGAGAACAUACAGAAACAGAAAAAUAUGAAAGAAUAAUCACAUAAAAGUUCUUAGACGUGUACUUUGCAGAAAUAUUGUGUCGGUAAAUGUUUGAAUUUGAUUAGUUUUUAAUUUUUGAUGGACAAUCGUGGGAAAAGAUUUGGGUUAUGUGUUAUGUGUUGUCAGGCAAAGUCAGGCUUUAUCAGGUUUUUGAGGCCGAGAUGAUGGUAAAGUAAAGAAGACAGCAUAAAUUUGUCUUUAAGUCCCGGCCAUUAGAGCAGAAAUGAGAUUUGUUAUUUUCAUCUGCGUUUGUUUUUAUUUGGUUUCAUUGCUCUGUCCUGGGACCUCCUCACUCUUCUGUGUGCAUAGACAGAAAGCCAGAGUGUCUGUAACAUCAGACUUGAUCAAUCAGGAGGAGCUGGGGUAGAGUGGGUUCCAAAGCAGCUUGCAGAUAUGCAGCAGAUGUGGGUGUAGAUAACACAUUCAACUGACAAAUCUGACACGGUGUGCUAUUUAUGCUGUUUGAGGAGUAAUCAGGAGAUGAUCAGAAGGAAGAAAAACAUAAUUACUGCUCACAAAGACGAAGCCACUCAUAUGGUUUCUGGUGCUUCAUUUAACCAGUCAUUGGCCGUUGAAGCGUGCAGUCUUGCCGCUGUGAUAUUUCCUGUGAAAAUGCUUGCAGUUUCUUCUACACUGAUGGAAAAGAGGUUAAACUGAACCAGAUGUUGGCAUCAACAAACUUGAAGCUGUCAGAAAAAGUGGAUCUACUGUGUAAACUUGUGUUGAUCUUAUCAUUUGAAUCUGACAUUAACCAAAUGGUUGGUGUUUGAUUUCAUAUCAUGUGUUCCAGAGACCAGGUGGUCUACAUAUAUUUUCUUUCUCUCAUUGAAGAUCAGUUAUGGCUACUGUCUAUAAAUGCUUACAAAGUAAACAAUCACCACCACAGAAAAUGGUAAAAGGCUUUGUUUGACUGAUGGUACAAAUAUAAAACACAACCUUGGGUGUCCCUGCAGGUGAAGGUGCAGAGUCUUUACGAUGUGACUUCAGGCUCUCUGCUCAUUCACUCAGGUUGUUUUGUCCGUUUGCUUCCUUCACUGACCUCAGAUGCUCUGCUGCCCGACCUGUGAGCGCCGGCUCUGCUAAUGUCGUGACUGUGAUUUCUAAAAGUGCAUUUUUUUCUGCUUUUGAUAUUAAAGAACAGCAGCUGUAAGAUUUUCUCCUGGUGUUUCUAACCUGCUCUGGCUUCUCUCUUCUGUCCCGAGCGCAGCUGUGUAAGUGCUGUAAGUUGUAAAGUGCUUUCUCUGCAGGCUUGUCUGCUCCGUGUUGCAAAUUAAAAGCAGUUUGCCCCAAAUGUU